CUUGGCAUGGUGCUUCCAUGUAGAGUUGGGUCAUCUGGGCCUAGGUGCAUCCCUUUCAACAUCCUAAUUGGCUGAGGGAGCAGGGCGGGUUCCCCAGGUCUUGGGGCAUAGUUCUGUUAGUAACCGAGGAGUUUGUUCUCAGAGACACAAGGCCCCUGCCACUUCAGGAGCCUGGCUGACCUCAGCAGACCUCGCCUCUGACAAAGAGAAGGGCCCACAAGUAGAAUGAUUCUUCCUGGUGUGGGCAGGGGCCAGGCGCCUCUCAGGGUCAGCUCUCAUGGCUCUGGGGCAGAUGGGGGCUCUGAGCUUAUCUAGCGAAGCCCAGACCAGGCACAUGUCCAGAGGGGCUAAGCAGCUCGCACAAGAUCACACAGCCACGGGCAGGCAAAGCCCGAGCUGAGGGCCCGGCCUCCAUCCGGUGCGGCAGUCCACCACUGCCCCAGACUCCAGGACAGGAGCUCCUCUUUGUCCAGCCUCAGGAUGGUGUCCUGCAAGACCGUGGCUGCCCUGCUGGUGGUUUAUGUCGCUGCUCUGCUGGCCUCCCAGACAGAAGCCUUCGUUCCCAUCUUCACCUACAGCGAGGUCCAGAGGAUGCAGGAAAAGGAGCGGACCAAAGGGCAAAAGAAAUCUCUGAGUGAACAGCAGAGGUCUGAAGAGAUGGGUGCUCUGGACCUCGAGGAGCCCACAGGGGAGAAAGAAGACCAAGUUAUCAGGCUGACUGCUCCCAUGGAAAUUGGAAUAAGGAUGAACUCCAGGCAGCUGGAAAAGUACCGGGCUGCCGUGGAAGGGCUGCUGAGUGAGGUGCUGCUGUCUACCCAGGACGGUACAGCGGGAGGGUGGCCAAAUGACAGCCCACUGCACUCCUGGGAGAAGGUGGUGGGUGGCCGAAACUGAGAGGCCCACCCCCAGGGAGGCCCCGGAAGGCUGCAUGGCCCAGCAGUGGGACUGGAAGAAAAUCACCUUCUCCCAAGCAAAUCCCCCUCCAGUGAAUAAAACGUGAAAUAUACA